UUGCGAGGUUGCGCAAGACGCGUGCCCCCAGGGCACUUCGGGGGCUGUGAAGAGAGAGACACAGAGACAGACAGAGAGAGAGACAGAGACAGACACAGAGACAGACAGAGACAACCAGAGACAGACAGACAUAGACAGAUAGAGAGACAGACUGAGCGAGACUGAGCGAGGCUGCGAGAGAGAGUGAGACUGAGAGACUGAGCGAGAGAGACAGACUGAGAGUGAGCCUGGUAAGAGACUGAUAGAGACAGUGAGAGAGAGAGAGAGUGAUCGAGAGACUGAGAGACAGAGACUGAGAGACAGACUGAGAGAGAGACACUGAGAGAGAGACACUGAGAGAGAGACACUGAGAGAGAGACACUGAGAGAGAGACACUGAGAGAGAGACAGACUGAGAGAGACAGAGACAGUGAGAGAGAAAGACUGACUGAGUGAGACUGAUCGAGAGCGAUACAGAGAUAGACUGAGCGAGACUGGGAGAGGGAGGAGCGCUUUGGAGAAUUGUCAACGGAAUUCGCUGCGAACCCGAGUCCUGAGUCGAGUCGGAUCAAGUCUCGAGUCGGAUCAAGUUUUGAGUCUGGAGUCGGAUCAAGUCGUGAGUCGGAUCAAGUCUCGAGUCUUGAGUCGGAUCAAGUCUCGAGUCGGAUCAAGUUGGUUCAAGUCUUGAGUGACAUCAAGUCGGAUCAAGUCUCGAGCCGGAUCAAGUUUUGAGUCAGAUCAAGUUUUGAGUCAGAUCAAGUCGGAUCAAUUCUCGAGUCUUGAGUCGGAUCAAGUCUCGAGUCUCGAGUCGGAUCAAGUCUCGAGUCUUGAGUCGGAUCAAGUCUCGAGUCGGAUCAAGUCUUGCGUUAAGUCGGAUCGCAUUGAAAUCUGGCCCCAUUGGGAUCGAACCGUAUUGGAGAACAGAUCGCAUUGGCAUCGGAUCGUACUGGAGUUGGAUCGCACUGAUAUCGGAUCGUAUUGGGGGUUGGAUCCCACUGAGAUCGGGGGGGCAUUGGGGUUGAACUACACUUUGGGCUCGGGCCACUUUAGGAUCGGACCAAUUUGGGCCCUGUCCGCAUUAGGAUCGGACCAAUUUUGGCUUUGUCCACUUUAGGAUUGGACCGCUUUGUGCUCUGUCCGCUUUAGGAUCGGUCCUCUUCGUGCCGGGCCAUGCUGUUCUCGGGCUCGCAGGGUCCCCUGCAGUCGCGCCCUGCAGACGUCCCAGGCGGUGGCCGGCGUCGUGGGCAGCUUGUGCGCCCUCGUGGCCGCCGCCUCGAGCCGCUGGGACGCGCAGGGCGGACUCUGGGACGACCCCCAGCCUCGACUCGCCAGAGCCGGCUUCAGGGAUGACACAGCCGUGCAGGCGGAGCGUGUGUACGCGGGCACCGCGUGCGUGCUGGCGUGCGCCGGGGCCUCCGUGUGCCUCCACAUGCUGCUCUUCUGGGACCAGCGGCGGCACGGGACCCCCGCCCUGCACCGCGAGCGCACGCUGGUGCCCAGCUCGCUGCUCCUCGCCGUGCUCAUGCCCACCGGCGUGCUGACGCUCAUCCCGUGGGCAUCGUUCACGGUCCGCAGCGGCUACGAGGGGGGUCCCGGCCUGCUGCGCUUUGGCUACUCCUACGGCCUGGCGCUCAUCGGCUGGCUGCUGCUGCUCGUCGUGGUGCCGGUGCUCGCCGCGCUCGAGAACUGCCAGGAGGUCGGCGGCGGCGUCACCGGCGGCGUCACCGGCGGUGUCACCGGCGCCGGCGUCGCCACGCAGGCGACGGUGGAAGCCGCAGCGGCGGCGGUCGCGGCGGACGUUGGGCCGCUCGUCGGCGGCCAGGCGGAGCGGGAGCCGGAGCGACAGCGGCUGCUCCGGAAGAGGCCGCGUGACGCGGAGGGCGUCGCCGUGGAGAUGAGCGAGCGGACGAGGCCGGCUAGCGCUCCCGUCGACGCGAAGAGGGGAGGGGCGGGGGGGGAGGAGGGGGGGGAGGAGGAGGGGGAGGAAGGGGGGCGAGGGAGGAGGAGGAAAGAUGCGAGGCAAACUCGGGCGUAUUGAGUCAUCCUUUGGGCAGGGGGGGCGGCCAUGGCCGGGAGAGGCGGUGACGACGGUGAACGUCACGGCCGCCCCUUCGGCCGUCCUCACGGUCAUCGUCGUUGUCGUCGUCGUAGUUAUCGUUGUCGUCGUCGUCGUCAUCGUCGCACCUGGGGGGCUUAAUUCUCACAUUCGGGUGGUCAAGUCCAGACGGACACAACGGCGUGAGGGGCCAGUGGAGUGCUGGAUCAUCGUCGUCGUCGUCGUCGUCGUCGCCGUGAUGUCUCCCCCCUCCGUGCGUGUUGAUCGGGACAUUGCGGCGUUGCACGUUGCACGUUGUGGAUGACCCACAGUCGCCACGCCGCUGCCCGAGACUUUGUUGAGUUUCCCACCCGAGCAGCAGCAUCGUCGCCAGGCGGCGCUUUCGCGUCUGGCUGCCGCCGCCGUGGUCUGGGCGGUGGACGCGUCGCCGCUGACGUGGUCUGGGUGGUGGACGCCGAGUUGAAGCGAACGACGUGUCCGGCGUUCCGUCGAUGUCCCGCAUCGCCAACACACAGUCGUCUCUCGCUCUGUGAACAAACGAAACAAACCCGGAGGCCGCCGGCAAUGGCCUUGCGACAGAGGUCGCAACCGGGUACCCGAUACCCGUACCCUACCCGAUACCCGUACCCUACCCGAUACCCGGACCCUACCCGAUACCCGGACCCUACCCGAUACCCGUACCCUACCCGAUACCCGGACCCUACCCGAUACACGGCUACCCGUACCCGAUACCCGUACCCUACGCGAUACACGGCUACCCGUACCCGAUACCCGUACCCUACGCGAUACACGGCUACCCGUACCCGAUACCCGUACCCUACCCGAUACCCGGCUAGCCGUACCCAGCCGGGUACGGGUACCCGUUUACGACCCUGGUGCGGCCGGGUACGGGUACGGGUAGGCCGUGAGUCACUGGUGAGUAACCGUUUGUCACUCAUUUCCCAAAGUCUUGUCUCUUCUCACAAUUCAAGUUCCUAGAAUCAACCCACCCGCGCCUGCAACAUGGCUUCAUCCCAGAGGUCGCAAUCGGGUACCCGAUACCCGUUUGCGACCCUGGUGCGGCCGGGUACGGGUACGGGUAAGGAAUCAAAACCCGUUUGCGACCUCUGUCCUGCGAAGACCACGGCGGUGGCGUCUCGGCCGAGGAGGGGCCGGCGAGCCGGGAGCUGCGACCCGAUUCAGUUCGGAAAAGUGGGCCGAGAUUGAUUGAUUGCACUGGUCAGCACACUUUUUCUGGCAUAAGGUAUAAUUUUGGGGUGCUGAUUCCAAAUGUGGAAUCAGUUUUUGUCCAUCACAUCAGGUUUUUGAGAUAUCAAAUAUUGCAUUUUCAAUAAAAACUGCAGAAGAGAAAUAUUAAAUAAAUGUGGAUAUCUACAUAUAAUGAUAUUAUAAACACACUAUCCUAAAAAUACAGCACCGUAUUUUCGCACUAAAGCAGUCACUGGCUCGCAACAACUUGCAAUCAUAAGUGACAGAGUUAAUUUCGGGUAAAAUCAAUGAAAAUGGGGUAUGCCGAUAGCACAAAAAUGAGAUGUGAUAGAGCAAAUCUGAGAUCAGAUUUGGAAUCAGCACCCUGAAAUUAGUCUAAAACAGCUGCAAAAGUCCAGGCCAGAAUUUUUUUGCUGACCAGUGUUGUUUCUAAAUGAGCAGCACUUGCACGUGUGCGCGGCUUCAUUUCUGACCACGGUUAUUGUUUCUGGGCCCGCUGGACACGCUCUCAUCGCCUCGCUCGCAAGUAUGGGAUCGUACUGCGUAAGGCACUACCACUAGACCGCAAGGCACGCCUAUCCGUGAUGAUAAUUCAACAUCUUUCUGUCGUAUUCAUGCUGCGUGUACGUUGCCUGACUCACCCACACGCAGAGACCCAUAGACUCACACAGAGACCCAUAGACUCACACAGAGACCCAUAGACUCACCACACACACAGAGACCCAUAGACUCACUCACCCACACACAGAGACCCAUAGACUCACCCACACACACAGAGACCCAUAGACUCACCCACACACACAGAGACCCAUAGACUCACCACACACACAGAAACCCAUAGACUCGCCGACACACACAGAGACCCAUAGACUCACCCACACACAGAGACCCAUAGACUCACCACACACACAGAGACCCAUAGACUCACCACACACAGAGACCCAUAGACCCACAGACUCACACAGAGACCCAUAGACUCACACAGAGACCCAUAGACUCACCACACACACAGAGACCCAUAGACCCA